GGUAUCUGCGCAGACCAUACGAAAUUCGUCUCGAGGUCGAACACACUUUGAUCUCUUCCACUAUGUAGCGAUCUGAAAUAGUUGAUUGAGUUCAUUGGUAACCUAAUUUCCUUAUCAAGAUGGAUCUUUGAUUGGGAAUCAUCGCUUAUACUCGUCCAACAAUCGCCAUUUUAGUGACCUAAAUGCUUGAUCGUCCCAGCAACAUGAAUGUCGUGAAAGCACAUAAUUGAUAACUGUUGAUAAUGCUUUGGAUACACAGAUAAGGUUCUUAUUUAUGAAAUUAAGGUGACUCAGGGUUAUUUCCAAUCAUGCAAUCGUUGAACAUGCUACGAGACAAUAAAGGAGUUCUGAAGCAAUUUUGUAAUUGCAAGAUCUUGCGUGACAGCAGGAUUCAGACAGAGGAUCUAUGGGUGCGAGAUGGAAAGAUAGUGAAUCCGGAGAAGAUUUUCUACGAUGAGAAAAUCAAGCCAGAUGUUAGAAUAGACUGUGGCGGCGCUUUGAUCUCACCAGGAUAUAUAGAUGUGCAGAUUAAUGGAGGAUUUGGUAUAGAUUUUUCAUGUAAUAUUGAUAACGUGGAAGGAGGCAUUGCUAAAGUAGCAAAGGGAUUGUUGGAACAUGGAGUAACAUCCUUUUGCCCUACAUUGGUUACAUCUCCUACCGAGAUAUACCACAAAAUCUUACCAAGAAUAAAGAAACGAAAUGGAGGUAGUCAUGGUGCUGGUGUGCUGGGUGUUCACAUAGAAGGACCAUUUAUUAGUCCAGAUAAGAAAGGUGCCCAUCCAGAACAUUAUAUCAGAAAAUUUGAACAGGGAUUUAAAUCAGUAACUGAUAUGUAUGGUGAUCUAGACAAUGUGUGCAUGUUUACAUUAGCACCUGAAAUAUCGAAUGCUACAUUUGUUAUCGAAGAGUUAUAUAGAAGAAAUAUUAAAGUAUCCCUUGGACAUUCUAUAGCAAAUUUAAAUGAAGGAGAAAAAGCAGUUAAACAUGGAGCAUCAUUUAUCACUCAUUUAUUCAAUGCCAUGCUGCCUUUUCAUCAUAGAGAUCCAGGAUUGGUUGGUCUGUUAACAUCCGACCAAAUCCCGCCUGAAAGAAUUGUUCAUUUUGGCAUAAUCGCUGAUGGGAUUCAUACUCAUCCUGCGGCAUUGCGGAUCGCUCAUAGAACGCAUCCCGAAGGUCUGGUGCUUGUAACUGAUGCGAUAUCAGCGUUGGGUCUAGAAGAGGGAAUCCAUCAAUUAGGACAGUUUAAAAUAGAGAUACGUAAAGGAUGCGCAUAUAUUGCUGAAACAAAUACUCUCUGUGGUAGCAUAACCGAGCUUUCCAAAUGUGUGAGACAUUUUAAAGAAGCUACAGGUUGCACAGUAGUUGAGGCUUUAGAAGCGGCAACUUUACAUCCCGCGAGAACUCUCGGUAUCGAUUCUUACAAAGGUGUUCUGAAUUUUGGGGUCGACGCUGAUUUCAUAUUACUUGAUGAGAAACUCCAAGUAUUGUCAACAUGGAUUUCAGGAGACUGUGUUUAUGAGAAGAAUAUUAGCAGUUUUUUUUUACGUGGAACAAUUUGAUGCUUGAAUGUAAGUAGGUAUCUUAGUAUAUAAAUCCGAAUCAAUUACUGUAUAAAGCAAAUGGAUAUAUUUUAUGACUGGACGCUGUAUAAAAUGAUAGUGAAAGGCUCACGAGAGAUACUGUUAUAAUAAAAAGACUUAAGGCUUCUGAAUAGUCACCACAGCUAUAUUGAAUCGUAACGUCAGAAGCGAGAAGUGACACGUUAAUUUUUAUUACGUGCCA